AUGGAACUUGAUGAACAAACUCUCCUUCAAUCCUUAGUCAAAGACUCCUUGGAUGAAUCUUCAGCAUCAAUUGAUUAUCCAUCCUAUCUGCCGUAUCUUCAGACACUGUUUACCUAUGACACCGAACGUUUACAUCGUGAACUCGAAUAUCUAAACGAUGAGAAAUGUUCAAAAUCAGCACAGAUGUUAUCCCUAACAUUCGAUAACUAUUCAACAUUUAUCCAAACAGCUGAAUGCUCGAAAAAUAUCUCCAAUGAUUUCUCAAAAAUCGAAGAUAGCUUAUCAGUAAUAUUGAAACAACUCGACGAUUUUUCAUCUUGUUGUCAAACAUUCAUACGCGAAACUGAACAAACCAACUCCCUUCGAAAACAAAACAUGUUUACUCUCCAAAAAUAUCCUCAACUGUUAGAAAUCCUCGAAAUACCACAAAUCAUGGACACGUGCGUUCGAAACGAUUACUACGAUGAAGCACUUGAAAUCGUCACGUAUUGUAAGCGUUUAGAACGAAAAUUUUCCUUACCACUGAAUAAAGCAACAUCGAAUACGACUUUACAUAUACCAGUGAUAACAAAUAUUGUCAACGAUGUUCGUCUAUCAUUGGAAUACAUGCUCGAACAAUUAAUCAACCAACUACAAACGAACAUUCAAUUGCCAGCUUGUUUACGUAUCAUGGGUUUUAUUCGUCGAAUGGAUAUUUACAAUGAGUUGGAAUUACGUCUUUGUUUUCUCCAAGCACGUACACAAUUUUUGAAAAAACGUUUAGCCUUAAUUCAACAACAAUAUUCCACAGCGAAUACAACUGAUUACUAUGAACAUGCGUCAAAAUAUAUCGAUGAAACACGUAAUAUACUGUUCGAUAUUGUUACGCAAUAUCGUGCGUUGUUCAGUGAUGAUGAUGUGACACUGUAUGUAACAUUUAAUCGAAAUGAAUUUAUUAAAGAAACGAAUUUGUUUCGCUCAUGGUUAAUCUAUCGUUUGAAUGAAUUUCUAAACGUUUUACAAGUUGAUUUACGACAUUGCAGCGGUUCACAAUACCAACGGCUGGAAUCCCUUCUUGGCCAAGUUAUGUAUUUUGGUGCAUCAUUUUCACGUUAUGGUUUUGACUUUCGACCAUUAUUCAUUCAAUUUUUCUCUCAAACAGCGUUAACAAAUUUUCAAAAUUCAUUACGUGAAGCUAACCAUCUAUUCGAACAACUGCUUCAAUCAUUUACGUUCGAUCAGUAUGUUCAAUUACCAUCCUCAGACAAUUCGACGACUGCAGCGAAUCCAUUCGUUCCACCGAUGAUUCUGGUUAGUUAUACGCCAUUGGCGGUCUAUUGUAACACAGUGCUAACAGCAUUCAAUGAUCUGCGACUUUGUUGUCCUUUGUCAACUGUUCGAACAGUAAAACAGACUCUGACUGAUUCGUUGGAACAUAUUCGAAAUCUUCUUGUGAAUUAUUAUAAAUCCGAGAAGGUGAUGUUGACGUUCAUCGAAUCAGAACAUUUCAUUGACUUUUUACGAGUUUUUAAUUCAAUAUUCAUUCCUUAUGUUGAUACAUGUAUGCAAGCAUUGUUUCCAGACGCUCAAUUGUCACGUGAAUUAGGUGUGUCGGUGUUAGAAGUUAGUGAAAAGACGAAACUGAAUAGAAUCGAUGUGGAACAAAUCAUUGGACCGGUUCAAGUGAUUAUUGACUCGGUUGCUCCCAAGAAGGUUCCGAUUAAUGAAACUGUUACGAACAAUAAAAUAGACUCCUCGCUUCUAAUAUCGAGAGAGCCAGAAAAAGAAGAACAACAACAACAACAGCAACAAGAGGAAAAUACCGAAAAAAUUGAUGAUAAACAUGAAGUUACGGAAUAA